CUCUCUUUAAUUCAUCCACGUGGUUUCAGUCAGCCUAUUCACUUCGCCCUCUGGAGUUCCUGGUGUUCCAGUUGUGUUUCCGGCAGAAUAUCUCCUCCGAAAAAGAAACGUUAUUCAGUCAGAAAAAAAAAUUAAGCAGUGCUUUGCUAUAGAAGCGAAUAAAGCCAGAUAGUCUUAAAAGCCAGUCUGAACUGGAAUCCAGGGUGUGGUCUUGUGUAAUUCCGGACUUUGUUCUUCUCUGAAAUAUCCUUUGCUGAGCAAGACACAGAGCCUGCGAGAGCACCAAACUGGAUCUGCUCUUUAGAAGGGAUCUGAAUAAGGCACCAGCAAGAAGAAAGGAUGGCAAAGGAAACAAGUGGCUUUGUGGAAUUUGUAGAGAAGUUCUUCGAGGGCCAUAAAGAUAACAAGGAUGAGCUACUAUUUUCUUUUAGAGGAGUACUGUAUCCUACUAGCGUUUGUAACGCUGAGGCUUUUGAAGCUCUGGUAACCAUGGAAGCCAGAAAGGAUGACAUCUUGAUAACAGCUUAUCCCAAAUGUGGUACAAAUUGGUUACUAUAUAUUGUAAACGAUAUGGUGGCUGAAGUUUACAAGGAUUUUUCAGUCCCAAAUAGCUUUCAACUGCUUGAAUUUGGAUGUCCAGACCGAAUUAAGGUCAGCAUGAACUCAAACUCUAAUCCUGUAUUUCCACCCUUGCCAGAAAUGGAAGUUCACUUGUGCCUUUCCACAUGUGUAAACAAAACCAUUUGCUUACUUAUGAUUGUAUUUAAUUUUUACUCUAGGAUGUAAAGAUGGCCUUCUCCGCGAGUAUUUACAACACAUCUCCAUUGCGACAACAUUCCCAAAUCAUUUUUUGAAAAUAAGGCGAAGAUACUUGUGAUAUUUCGAAAUCCUAAAGAUACGGCUGUAUCCUAUUAUCAUUUUCAAAACAAACAUCCUUCACUCCCCAGUAUCAGCUCCUGGGAUGAAUUCUUUCAAAAAUUCAUGAACGGUGAAGUUGCUUGGCAGUCCUAUUUUGAACAUGCUCUUGCUUAGGACAAACACAUGGAUGAUGAAAAUGUCUUGAUCCUCACAUAUGAAGAGCUGAAAGAAAAUCUGUAUGAGGGCAUUAAACAAAUAGCUGAGUUUUAUGCAUUUCCUCUUUCUGAAGAGAAGAUUAAGUUUCUGGCAAGCAAUGCAACCUUCCAAGGAAUGAGUGACAGAUCCUCCGAAACCCAUGGUUCCGUCGCUUCUGUUAUUUUCAGAAAAGGUGAAGUGGGCGACUGGAAGACUUUGUUCACGGAAGCUCAAAGCAAAGAAAUGGAUGCAAAAUUUGAAGAGUGUUUAGCAGCAACAAAACUGGGCAGAAAGCUGAGAUAUGAUAAAUACUGCAAAUUCUAAAGUUAUUCCGCAAAUUCUGAAGUUACUGCAAAUUCUGACGGAUUUUAAUGAUUCAUUUUUUUACAUGAGAAAAAAUUUAAAGUAAUAUAUAGAAAACCAAUAAACUUUCUCAAUUUGUUGAUUACUAAUUCCUGAAAAUUCUGAAAUUAUGGCUUGAAAUAUUGUAAUGAUGCUUUUUUCUACAAGAGGAAAAAAUCAAGUAAUAUAUAGAAAACCAAUAAAUUUUCUCAAUUC